AUUCAAUCAUACAAUCUUACACUUGGAAGCCAUGCAUGCUUUUCUUCCCUUCUUCUUUGCCACUCUAGGUUUGGCCGCUCGACCAUUCCUCAAUGAACCGGAUACUGGCAUCGAAAGUGCACUAAAACUCCCCUCUAACGGGUCACUGCCUUCAUUAAAUCGCAUGCUUGGACUUCCAGACUUCGACUAUUUGGCAAGAAAGACACUGGACUACUCGGCAUAUGCAUACGUCUCCCACGGAGCCGGAAGUGAGUCGUCUUAUAGAAACAACUUGGAGGUCUUCAACCGAUUUCGUUUUCGUCCCCGCGUCAUGGUUAAUAUUACCGAUAUCGAUGCGAGCUUGAAGACGUCAAUUCUCGGACAUGAAUUCGAUCAGCCCUUCUUCAUCAGCCCAUUUGCUUCAGCGGGUCUGACCAAUGCGGUUGCAGAGGAAGGCUUGGUUAGCGGGGCAGGCAAACACAACGUACUCUACAUUGCAUCUCAAGCUUCGACACUUUCCAUGGAGGAAAUAUCAGCCUUGAAGAGUGACGGUCAGGUUAUAUGGCAACAGAUCUCUCUAAGGAAUAUUGGGAAUGAACCACCUCUGGAUCUCUUUACCGAGAUUGAAGACGCUGGUAUGAAAGCCAUUGUCCUGACGGUAGAUUCAGCCGGUGACAGAACUGCCUACCGUUCCAAGAGAAUGUUGCCAGACCCAAGUAGGAGCCGCGAUCCCAGAUACACUUUCAUGAGCUGGGACUUUUACAAGGAACUUCAGAACGCAACGUCUCUCCCAAUUAUUCCCAAAGGCAUCCAGACGGUUGAAGAUGCUCGUAAAGCGAUUGAAGUUGGAGCACCAGCUAUUUUCCUCUCUAACCAUGGUGGACGCUCAUUGGAUGGCUCUCCUUCGCCUCUGGAGAUUGCUUGGGAGAUAUAUCAAGAAGAUCCCGAUGUUUUCAAGGAGAUCGAGGUAUAUGCCGAUGGCGGAGUCCGGUAUGGUACCGAUGUUAUGAAGCUUCUUGCGCUUGGCGUAAGAGCUGUUGGUCUUGGGCGUCCUUUCAUGUACGCCAACCUCUAUGGCGCCGAUGGGGUUUCUUGGGCUAUUUCUCUUCUUGAAAAAGAGGUGACCAGCGUUGGGGCUAACAUUGGUCUCUCUGAUAUCGGGAAUAUUAACCCUUCUUUUAUCAAAUUGACCUCCACGCAGUGGAAUAGCUGAGAUUUCAACCUUGGUCGGCUUUUCACUGUGAUGUGUCAGGGGGUUCGACCUUCCGCCCCGGGGGGCGGGGGCAUCUGAGCGUCGUAUAUUUUCCUUGAGUGUUUCUACUUCUACGCGUCACUAGUUAAGAGUCGAGUGCGGGCACAUUCACGAGAAAGACCCGCUGGCUUAGAGCCCUAAGGGUACAACACCAUAGAUAGUAUUGGAGCUGCGGGUAGGAGUUGAGCGCUACGAAGAAGACUAUCAUACCUCUAUCUUCGGGUUUGCAAUGGCCGCGAUUGAUUCAAUAUAUUUAUUCCGAGCUUG